GAUCGGGUGCCUUUGAGCCAUCAAGAUGCCUUUGUCUUCUCUUCCAGCAGCUAUUUUGUCUCAUAUGAUAGCUGUAAACAAUGUGCCUCCUCCCCCACUUCGCAGUUUACCAAGGUUGAAAAUGUCUAAGUACAUUGACUAUGGCCAGUUGAAUGCAUUGUGCCAUGUAAGAGGACUACAAUCCAGAAGUUCUUACACUCUGCCAUCAGCUCACACUAUGUUUAUAAAGCAAUAUCCUAAAAUAUUCCUGCAGAAAAAACACAGACUGCCUAAACUUUUCAAACAGGAGGGAAAAAGAAAACCUACUGAAGAUAUAGAAGAAUAUGAACCCCAACAACGUGAUGAUUCUCACAAUAUAGCUAUCCAUGUUAAAAAAGCACAUGGUGGCCUUACUUUAUAUGAGCCUAAAAAAUUUGAAGAGAAGUUGGUAGAAUUCCUGGAUAUUUUAAAGAAAUUGCCUGUUUAUAGGACAUUGCAUGAACACAAAACUGUGUGGAAAAUGCUGAAAACAAUUCCAGAUUUGACCUGUCAGCUACCUGAGGAGCAUCUGAAAACGCUUAGUAAGAGUGUCAUUUCCGAAACCUGGGUAAAAGGCAGCACAGUGGUUGGAAAUGAUGGAUUUUAUAUAAUAUUGAAAGGUUCAGCUCGACCUCAAACAAAGGUAUAUAGAAAUCUGAUUGAAGAAAAUGAGUCAACAGCCUCUUUCAUACCUCAGAGUUUCCAAGAAUUUGUUUUCAGUGAAGACUUCAAAAACUUUGUACUUGCUGAGAUGCACACACCUUCAUGUGAUGAAACACUUCGACAAUGGAGUACCUUUGGAACCCUGGAAGUUGCAACUCAGACAGAAUCAGAAGCAAAGGAGUACUCGGUGAUCACAGAAGAAGAUUGUGAAAUUCUUAAAAUCCCUGCAAAGGAUUAUACAAGGUUAAAAUUGGAAAAAAUAAAACUUGAAAAUAAAGAAAAGGUGAAAUUAAUUCUUAAGUGUCCAUAUUAUGAAGAGUGGCCCAUUUUAUCCAUAUAUGAGCUAGUUGCACUCAUUAAAUGGAAAAAAUUUCCUCCAGGUCAUGUGAUAGUGGAAAGUGGAAAGAUAAUUUCUUUUGUGGCUUAUAUUAAUUCUGGAUAUUGUGACAUUUAUAGAAGUAUUGUAGGACUUAUGAAACUACAACCAAAAAAAGUGAAAAAAAUUCAAAAGCUUGUUUGUAUGGGUAAACUUAAGGAGAAGGAGUCUUUUGGUGAGAUUAGUGUUCUUCUUCAAGUUCCUUUCACAUGCACUAUUGUUACUGGAAAAGAGGUCGAGAUGGCAAUCAUUGAAGAUAAGGACCUAUUUGAAUUAGACCCAGUGACCAAGCAACUUAUGCUCCAUACAGCUAAACCAACUUUUGGCCAUCUGACAGAUGAGGAUGUCAAAAAUGAAUAUUUGCAAAGGGAACAAAAAAAGGAAUGGAAAAAUUUCAAGGUAUAG